AUGCAAAAUAUUAAUAAUAAUUUUUUUAUACUUUUCCCUUUUCAAGCAAAAAAUUUUCCAAUAGAUAAAUAUGAUUUAUUUGUUCAUACGAGUCGUGAAAAACGUUUGGUUUGGAAAUACCCUAGCACUUUUCAAAUGUUUAAUGGUCAAGAAAUUUAUAUGUUUAAGUUUGAAGAUGAAAUAGGUAAUACAAUUCUUCCGAAUGUCACAAUAAAGAUUAAGCUUGAAUAUUUAGAAAUUAAAAUUUUUAAUACGACUAAAUUUAAUCAAUUUUUUUUAACUGAUCAAAUAAGUAUUAUCAAUAGUGUAAAUUUAUCUAAUCAAAGUAAAUUGCUUGCUCCAGAAUUUUCUGAUGAUCAAUUUAAUAAUCAAUUUAAUAAUCAAUUUAAUAAUCAAUCUAAUGAUCAAUCUAAUAAUCAAUUUAAUAAUCAAUUUAAUAAUCAAUCUAAUAAUCAAUUUAAUAAUCAAUCUAAUAAUCAAUCUAAUAAUCAAUUUAAUGAUAAAUUUAAUGAUACAUAUAACUAUAUCAUAAAGACUGUUAAAUUUGGAUUUAACAAAACCAUUUAUAUUGAUUAUAAUGAAACAUUUGUGAUUAACAAUAAUUUUGUUAUAUAUCCCAAUUCAAUUUAUCAUUUUAAAGAAGUAAAAAAACUUCCUGAUCAAAAUGUUGCUUUAUUUAAAAGACAAUAUUUUUAUUUUUUACCAAAUUUUAAAAAUGAAAGCUUUAUAGAAACUGAAUUUACAACAAUAUACAAUAAAAAUUAUACAAUGACGUGUAAUUAUUAUUUAAAAAAUGAUAAAAUAUUAUUUUUAGUUCAAUAUUUAGAAGAUGAAUUUAACAUUAUUGAUACGGUUUAUUUUAAAAAUACCUCAAAAAUUGGAUUUUUGAAUGAAAAUAAAUUUUAUAUUCCUAAUAUAAAUAUAUUAAAUUCAAAUAGUUGUAUAUGCAUAUAUGUAUCACCAACAGGUAUCCAUAGAUACAUUAAAAAAUAUUAUUAUGAGAAUUAUUCUAAUGGUAAAUAUAAUAAAUACAAUAGUAUUGAUAAUAAUGCAAAUAAAAUAUUGAUGGAAGAAGAUCAAAGAAAUUAUAAUAAAUUAUUUUUAAUAAUUUCUAUAAUUAUUUUGAUUAUGUGUUUAUGUGGUGUUGUUAUAUUUAUAUUAAAAGAAUUUAAGUUGUUUCAAAAAAAUAAUAAGAAAACAAAUUUUACAAAUGUUAAUUCGAAUGUUGAAAAUAUAUAUCCAAAUAUUCAUGAAUGGUUAAAUGUCUUGGUUUCUAGUAAUUUUAUUAGAUAUUGUCAAAAAGUGUACGAUAGUAAAUACCAAUUGAAAUCAGUGUCCGAUUUUGGAUUUUUCAUGAAAACUGCAAAAAACAAGAAAAAAUCAAAAACAACAGAAAAAAAUAAUUUUUUUUCAAUUUCUAAUAUCUUAUGUAAACGUACAUUUAUAAUGGCUAACUUUCCUGAAGAUGAUGAAAAAUGUAUAGAUUUUUUAGAAUAUUUAUUUAACAAUAACGUAACAAAUGUAGUGGCAAUAAUACCUGAAAAUGAAUAUGAAUAUUUUCAAAAUUUCUAUAACCCAAAAGAAGUAGCAACAUAUGGAGUGUUAACUUUAGAAAAUUUAGAAACAUCAGAAAUACCAGAAUUAAAUAUUUUAAUUACAAAAAUAAAGUUAACAAAAUCUUCUGAAAUUAAAAAACGAAUAUAUGUAUAUUGUGUUCCAGAAGUUUGCGAUACUAAUAUAUCAGAUAAAUAUCAAAUGGAUAUUAAACAAAAAGAUGAUAUUUAUAUCGAAAAGGACAAUGUUAUUCCAUAUAUUUAUGAACAUAUCUUAAAAGUAUCUGGUUCAAAAAAGAUUCUUUUUCAUGGUAAUGAUGAAAUUAAUUUUAAUGUGUUACUGUUUACCUGCUUUUUUUAUAUCAUUGAUGGAUUUAUAUCAAAUAUUUCUAUAACCAAUCCUCUAAAAUUAAUAAAUAAUAUUAGAAAUAUGAAUUAUGAUAUUUUCUUUAAUUCCAUUGAAUAUGGUUAUCUUGUCAAAAUUUUAGUUAAAUAUUUAUGUGCUGAUAAUCAAGUAUUAAAUUCACAAUAUAAGAAAAUUAUUAAUAUAGAAUAUAAUAAUUAUAAAAAUAUUGUUAAAGAUAAUAUUAAAUUUUAUGAUAUAUUAUCUUUUAAAAUCAUUCAAAAUAUGUUACUUGAAUUAUAUGACGACAAUAAAACUAAUAGUAUUAAAAGUCUAGAAACUGAGUGUAAACUGUGGUUUCAAAUAAUGAAGGAUCCAAUAAAUAAAAAAAUAAUUAGAUGCAAAAAGUUUAGUUGUUUGGAUAAGAAUUGUCUGAUGUACAAAAGUAUUAAAUUCCAACAUAUAUAUGAAGGGUUUUUGAAUGGUAAUUAUAUAAAUUAUGAUUAUUUAUCAAACACUAAAAGACGUCUUAUAAUGUGCCAAGCACCUACAGAAUAUACAAGUUUAGCUAUGAUUAAUUAUCUUUUUGAUGAGGAACCAAAUAUUAUUGUAAUAAUAACAGGAGAAAACGAAACAAUUGGUGAUAUUGCUUCAUACCUUUCAAUAGGUGAUGAUAGACAAAAUCUUUCAUAUAAAAAUUUUGUUAUUAAUAUUAAAAAAGAUAAUGAAAAAAAUUAUUAUAAGGAAAAGUUUACCAAAAAUUAUGAGACUUAUACAGUAACUAUUAAAAAAAAUAAUGACAGUAAAAUUGUGCAGUUAACAUUAUUUUACUACAAAAAGUGGCCCAAAAAAGGAAUUCCAUAUAAUUAUGAAGAUAUUCUUAAUCUUUUAAAAUCUAUUAAUAGUCUUGAUAACAAAAAUUCAAUAUUAAUACAUGGUUAUGCAGGUAUUGGUAGAACAGGAUGUAUUGCCACUUUACUUUACAUGAUAGAUAUGAUGGAAUUAAAAAAUGAUUUCAGUCCAAUAAAUCAUUUAAAAAUUAUUCGAAACCAUAGGCAUAAUGCUGUUGAAACAGUAGAACAGUUUAUCUAUAUUUUAAUAAUAUUUUGUCAAUAUUUCAAAGAACAAAUUGAAAAAGUCAAUCCUGGUGCCGUUUGUCGAUACACUAGACUUCUUGAAAAUAUAAUGCAUGCAAAUAAAAAUAAUUAUAAUACACAUAACACCAGUUUUUAA